GCGGGGAUGCUGCUGCCUCGGUUCCGCUGGUAGUCUGAGGGGGAAACAAGCCGCAGCCAUGGCCUCGGACAUACCCGCAGAGGCCAUCGGCUUCCUGUCGGCGGUGGGCGUCUUCAUCGUGGCUCUGGCCGUCCUCUUCCUCUUCAUCAACAAGAAGCUGUGUUUCUCGCGCGUCGGCGGCAUGCCGUGUCUGGAGCAUCGCCACCCCGCCCGGAAGAAUACGCGCCAGGGGCUCGUGAGCAGCUUCGGUGACGAUGAUGAUGAUGAUGACGAUGGCGGCAGCUCCUCUGACAGUGAAGACGAGGUCCUAAAGCAGUUUGAGAUCUCGGUGUCGCGGUCGCAGAGUUUUCGUACGUCGGCGGUGUCGGCGAUCGUCGGCGAGCCGCAGACGUCGCUCGGCCGACGCCACAAGUUCAGUCGCCUGUCAGACCAGGAGGAGGGAAGCACGGAGCCGUCCGACUGUGAAGACAUGGAGGCUGAGAGCGUCCGGCCGGGUUUCCAGGACCCGCUCUCCGCCGCCGUGGAGGAGAGCGAGAGGGCGUCGUCGGUCGCCAGGGAGGAGAGCGAGAGGGCGCCAUCGGUCCACGUGGAGGAGAGCGAGAGGGCGUCGUCGGUCGCCAGGGUGGAGAGCGAGAGAGCGUCGUCGGGCGCCAGGGAGAGUCCCGCCCCGAGCGUGAACCAGCAGGCCGCAGACGGCAGCGAGGAGAUGGAGAACGCCGCGGAUUGCGACAACAAAGACGCCACGGACAGCUCCUCCACCUGGACCCCCGAGCAAGAGCAGCCCCAGGAGCCGGCGACCACUUCCCCUCGACUCCCCAUCUCCAAAUGCGGAGACCUGGUCCUCUGCCUGGAGUACCGCGCCGACGCGGAGAAGCUGCUGGUGUCGGUGAUCUCAGCGCGGGACAUCCCGGACAAGGCCCGCAGCGGCAUGGACUCCUGGCAGGUGCACAUGGUCCUGCUGCCCGCCAAGAAGCAACGGCACCGCACGGCGGUGCAGAAGGGCUCGCUGCCGGUCUUCAACGAGACGUUCCGCUUCUCGCGCCUGGAGCCGUCGGAGCUGAGCGCGUCGGCCGUCCGCUUCCGGCUGUACGCGCUCGGGGCGUCCCGGAUGUCCCGCGAGAAGAUGAUGGGCGAGAAGGUGCUGCGUUUGGGCGGGAUGGACGCGGACGGCGGCGCGGUGGAGACCACGCUGGUGCUGGAGCCUCGCAGCAACCUCAAGAGCUUGGACUCCCAGCUGAGUCUGUCCGCGGUGUCUCAGAGCGACAGCGCCUCGUCCACGCAGUCGCUGGCGCACGGCGGCGUCCCCGAGCUGCUGGUGGGCCUCACCUACAACGCCACCACGGGGCGCAUGUCUGUGGAGCUCAUCAAGGGGAGCCACUUCAGGAACCUGGCCCUCCACAGACCGCCAGACACCUACGGCUGCCUGACCCUGCUGAACUCGGUGGGUCAGGAGAUCUCUCGCUGCAAGACGUCGGUGCGUCGCGGUCAGCCCAACCCGGUCUACAAGGAGACCUUCAUCUUCCAGGUGGCGCUGUUCCAGCUGUCGGACGUCACGCUGCUGGUCUCCAUCUACAACCGGCGCAGCAUGAAGCGCAAGGAGAUGGUGGGCUGGAUCGCUCUGGGCCAGAACAGCAGCGGCGAGGAGGAGCAGCUCCACUGGCAGGACAUGAAGGAGAGUCGAGGACAGCAGGUCUGCCGCUGGCACUUCCUGCUGGAGGCGUAACGCCGCCCCAGAUUUAGGCUUUUUAAGAGGAAAGGGAGUUUAUUCCUUUACACUGGAGGAAGGAUUUGAUCUGUGCACAGGAUGCUGCAUGUGGCUCCGGGGGAUUCAAGGACCCCUCAGAGCACCACUCCACCACCGUCCCAUCAAACAAAGCUGGUUAUUUAUCGGCUCUCGGCAAGAGGAACAAACUCAGCGGCUUUUUGGAGGCCGAAAACCAGUUUUCAAGUGGUAAAGAAAUGAAAUGUUUCAGUGUUUCUUUGCCGCGUUCAAAGCUUUGAUGGAUUCGAAGGUUCCAUGCAGGAACUCGUCUUUGCAGAAGACGUUCCACAAUUAUAGCUUUUUGUUCUGCUGGGAGACGACGGAGCUGCAGUUUAGUUUUUAUAGUGAAAUGUUGUGUUAGAAAGUGCACAAAAAUUAGAGGCGUGCGUGCGUGUGUGUGUGCGUGUGCGUGUGCGUGUGCGUGUGCGUGACUUGUCAUUUCUAAAUCUUGCUUUUCUUUUUACUGGCUGGCAAAUCAAAGGAGAGUUCUGACUGAAGGUGGAAAUGCAAACGAAGCAACGUGCUGCGCAUGUUGUGUUCGCAAACCAACAAAACCAGAAUGGAGGUUUUUAUAUAUGACGAUGUCAGAAACUAAACAAUCAAACGGUAAUAAUCCACGAGUCAAUAACUCAACGUGACAUUGCGUUCACAUGCAGUACAAAGCAUUAAAUCACUGACACAUCCUCACUUCACUUCCACCUCCAUCGUGAUUCAUCAUAGUAAGUCACAAUAUGUGGUUUUAUUUAUCUCCAUGCAAACUCAAGUCGGUAAUCUAACUCGUGCUUGUAAGUGGAUUUUAGAAGAAAUAACCAGGAAAUGUUUACUAUUCAGAUUUAUAAAGGUUCACAAACUGGAAGUUUCCAUCAUUUAAAGUGUUUAGGAUUUAUUGGCAGGAAUUUUAAAUCAUUAUCAUAACUGUGUUUUCAUUCAUGGAUAAAUAACCUGACAAUAAGAAAGGUUGUGGUUUUAUGCCACAUGGCAGUCUUGUUUUCUACAGUAGCCCAGAACGGACAAAUCAAACACUGGCUUUCAUGAUUUGACCUGAAGGCCACCGUAGUUUCCCCACACUGCAAUCUGCAACCUCGCCACUAGAUGCCACUUUAAUUUGAACGUGACCCUGAAACGCAGAUGUUCUCUCCUCUAAACGGCUGUGUUAACGCACAAAAUACAGAAAAAAGCCACGAGAGUCACGGUUGAAGUUUUGUCGCCACAAAGUAAGAAAACAGGCAUCCAAUCUGUAUGAAUGCUGAACAUGUGUUUGUUUUUUUUAAUGCUCGGCUGAGGCGAUGAAAAGCAAGUGAAAGUGAAAACUGUCAUCUUCUUCACAUUAAUACACAAAACAAACAGCGACGUCAUAUUUCCAACAUGUUUUCUACUUUUUGAGCUUUUGACUCUUUUAAUGACGUCAUCCCGUCCUCGUUUAAUGGCGCCCGGUCGUGUAAUCGGCUCCUCCCACCCCCACUUCUCUCGAUGAAGUCAUAUUCUCAUCGCAGAAGUGGAAUAAUUAGCAAUUUUCUUUCAAAUUUUGGAAAACCUCUCCCUGGAAAAAAAAAAAAAAAAAACCUGAAA